AUGAUAUCUCUUUUCCAACUCUUGACCACCUUGGCCUUCGUCGUGUACCACGUCUCUGCUUACUCAGGUGUAGUGACCGGCUUUAAAGCUCCUAAAAAUCUUCGUGCCGCUACUCCCUUCAAGGUGACGGUCGAUUUUACCGACGAAACUUUUGCCCCUCAAACUGACUACGGUAUUGUUUGGGGACUCCGAAGUGAAGAUGAGUAUUGUACAGACUGUGUUGGGAGGGCAUUUCAGUUUACGGAUUUGAACGCCAAUACAGGAGCUUAUCAACCACAAUUGGAAUUCAGUCUAGAGUUCUUCGGAGCCUUUGGGGGACCAUUAUUUGGCGGAGGGAACUUCACCCUUGUAGCAGCUGUUACUAGGGCCGUCACGAAUCCCUGUCGGUUGCUCCAAGCGCCUGAAAUUCGAGGAUUUUUGCUCAAGAUGUCGAGGAGUACGAGUACUAGUGCUCGUAUGUUCAGGGAAGAUUGGACGACAUGCCGGAUGGGAUCUUCUCUUCCCCCGCUGCACUCUGCACUUACAGUCAUUUCAAAGAAACAUGUUCACAUUCGCUCUACUCUUCCUCUCGAUAAUUGCCUUCUUGUCAAGGUCCGCACUCGCUGUGGACGGGAUCGUUACUGGGUUCACGUCACCGGUCAAUAUCGCAGCAGUUCGACCGUCACAGUCACGAUUGACUUCACCAAUAUCCGGUAUUCGAUCGAGAACGACUAUGGAAUCAUCUGGGGAUUGGUUCCUCCGACUUACGGCUGUACCGAGUGUGUUGGCAUACGUUUGGGAUUCACAGAUCUCUAUGCUAUAAGUGGCUCAUACGAAGCCCAGCGUGCUAUAACCUUACAGAUUCCAGGAGAUGUGGGAGGAAACUACACAUUGACCGGGGCCGUGACAGGGGAUGGUUUCUCCGGAGAUUAUUACAUAUGUGCCUGUGCCCGUAAGACCGCAUGUGCGGCGCCCAGGCUACCCGAGUCCCCUCAUCACGCACGGUUCCAAAGGUCCCUUCGGGACGGCGGUCAUACGGACAAGUCGAAUCCACAGGGAUAA